CAUCCCAGGUUUUCUUGAGCAGAGUGGAGCUGAGGUGCUGUGCUGUCAGGGCAGAAAAGGCAAAUACUGCUGCAAGGAAGCAUCCAUCCAGCCAAGGAUAUGGCUGUCACACUUGCUGGCUUCGCCGUCUGACACGGGCAGCAGCGCUGUGUGCCUGCAGCGGGGGGCUGAGCCCAGGCCCUGCCCAGCCAUGCCAGCCCCUGCCUGCUGAUUCUACACCUGCACCACGCCCUGCAGCGCAUGAGAGACACGGCAAAGCCACACACAUCUGACGGCACACAAGCCUUGCUACAGCUCUCACAAACAGAAAACAGGCUGGGUGUUCCCACCUGCCCCCUUUUGAAUUGCAUCAAUUCUGAUUAUGAGCCAGAAAGAAGAAGAAAUGGAGGACAGCUCCCUGCCACUCUGUGUCACCUGUGGCCAAGCACAUUUACCAGAAGAAAAUCACUUGUACAGCUACACCGAAGAGGUCGAUGAUGAUCUGAUAUGCCACAUUUGCCUGCAACCUUUGCUUCAGCCAUUAGACACGCUCUGUGGUCACACCUUCUGCACAGCCUGCCUUACAAACUUCCUUGUGGAAAAAGACUUCUGUCCCAUGGACCGCAAGCUUGUGAUUCUCCAGACGUGCAGGAAGUCCAGCAUACUAGUGAAUAACCUCCUGGACAAGCUAAUGGUUAGCUGCCCUUUCACAGAACACUGCUCAGAGGUUGUGCAACGUGGUCACCUUGAACAGCAUUUCCAAACCCAAUGUAAAGGAGCAUCCCACUAUGGCCUUACCAAGGAACGGAAGAGGCGUUCCCAGGACUGCUCUCCAGACCGUGGCUCCAGCUUGGCAGUGGCUGCCCUGGGCCCUGAGCUCUCAGCAGCUGCGGCCAUUGCCUUAAUGACAGACGAGCCAGGGCUGGUGAACCCGGCCUUCAGCCCCACCUCAGAGGACAGCCAGCUGGGCAGCAGCCCCGGGGACCUGCACCGCAGCAACCGCAACCGGACUCGACACUUUGAACGUUCUACUAUAAGAAGCAGAUCUUUUAAAAAAAUAAACAAAGCGUUCAGUGUUCUUCGAAGGACAAAAAGUGGAAGUGCUGUUUCCAACCAGACUGACCGGGAAAGGGAGACUGUUGGAAACGCUGCUGCUGGAGAGGAAGGUUUUCCCAGGCUGUACCACCUGAUUCCAGAUGGGGAGGUUACCUGCAUUAAGAUCAGCCGCACCGACCCCCACGAAAGUCUGGCCAUUAGGAUCGUGGGAGGCAGCGAGACCCCUUUGGUUCACAUUAUUAUACAGCAUAUUUAUCGAGAUGGGGUGAUUGCCAGAGAUGGACGAUUGCUGCCUGGAGACAUGAUACUAAAGGUAAACGGCAUGGACAUCAAAAAUGUGCCUCACAACUAUGCCCUGUCAAUCCUGAAGCAGCCGUGCCACGUGCUGCGACUGACGGUGCUGCGAGAGCAGAGGUACCGGUGCCGGAACAGCAGGCUUUCCCUCGAUGCUCACUGCAACAGGGAUGACAGCUUCCAUGUAGUGCUGAACAAGAGCAGUCCGGAUGAGCAGCUGGGGAUAAAGCUGGUCCGCAAGGCCGACGAGCCGGGGGUGUUCAUUUUCAACCUGCUGGAGGGCGGCAUGGCCGCGCGGGACGGGCAGCUGCAGGAGAACGACCGCGUGCUGGCCAUCAACGGGCACGACCACCGCUACGGCAGCCCCGAGAGCGCUGCGCAGCUCAUACAGGCCAGCGAGAAGCAGGUUCACUUGGUGGUGUCGCGGCAGAGCCGGCAGCAGACCCCGGACCUCCUGCAGGAGACGGGCUGGGCUUCCAGCGCCGGCGGCUCCCAGCCCUGUCCCGCCGAGAGAAACAACGCCGGCAAGAGCACCCUUCACACUGUCACCUGUCAUGAGAAGGUGGUGGCUGUCCGAAAAGAUCACACGGAAUCACUGGGAAUGACUGUGGCGGGUGGAGCAUCUAACCGGGAAUGGGAUUUGCCUAUCUAUGUGAUAAGUGUGGAACCUGGAGGAGUGAUCAGCAGAGACAGCAGGAUAAAAACAGGUGACAUCCUCCUGAACGUGAACGGCAUUGAUCUGACGGGAGUCAGCCGGAGUGAGGCCGUCGCCCUGCUGAAGAACACCAACUCCUCAGUGGUGCUCAAAGCCCUGGAGAUGAGAGCAUGUGAAGCCCAGGAGGAGCAGGGUCACCUACCACCCCCUGAGGACACACAAGUGACUGCUGAGAGCAGCGAGUGGUCGCCGUCCUGGGUUAUGUGGCUGGGGCUGCCACGAUAUUUGUACAGCUGCAAAGAAAUUGUAUUACGAAGAAAUACAUCUGGAAGUCUUGGCUUCAGCAUCGUAGGAGGUUAUGAAGAACAUACUGGGAACAAACCAUUCUUUAUCAAAUCCAUUGUUGGGGGAACACCAGCAUAUAAUGACGGCAGAAUUAGAUGCGGUGACAUCCUCAUUGCUGUCAAUGGCAGGAACACAUCAGGAAUGAUGCAUUCCUGCUUGGCAAGGAUGCUCAAAGAACUAAAAGGAAAAAUUACUCUCACAAUUGUGUCCUGGCCUGGCACAUUUUUAUAAAACAAGUCUUCAUGGAGAGUGUGACAAGUAUCUUAACAUGGGGAAAACAUUUUAAAAAAAGGAACACCACUCUUUGCUUUUUUGGGGAGUAAAGUAUGUAUUUAUAAAGAAAAGGUUUGUGAAAUUUCAACCUGCAUGUCAAGAAAAGUCAAGUUUAGGCAAAGCAGUGACACCCAUCAGAAAAUCACUUCAGAGUGAUCCAAGCUACAGACUUAAGUCCUUCCUUCCCUGUGUUCUUAAGGGUUUUUUGUUGUUUUUUUAUACAUACCUAUGUAUCUAUUUAAUGCAUUAUAAUAAUAAUAAUGAAAUUUAAGGAGCAACAGCUUCUGCUCACCCACUUUAUUUUGUUUUACAAAAAGAAAACCUUGAAUAACUUAUGGAGGUAUUUCUUGCAAUUUUUCUAGUUGCAAUAAUCAGGUGAAGGUUUUUAUCCAACACAUUAAUAGCACUUUGAUUAUGUGUACCUUUUCAUGGUCAGCAUGAAGCUGGUAUUUUCAAGACUUUCAAGUACUGUUUGUUAGUCUGUAAAACUGUGAAUGAAAUUUCUAAAAGAAUUAAAAAUAAUUGUAACUG